UACGAGUGCUUGAACUUGGGCAGGUAAAGUCUUAUAUGUGCAAAUAAGUUUAUUUCGGUAGCAGCUCAAGCUUCCCCUCAUAUAUUUAAUUGACCUCUCAAAGCUUAUUGCCGGCCCUUUCUGUGGGUCUAUCCUUGGGUAAAGCAAGGAAACAGUAUCACAUUCAUGUACUAGCAGAUAUCUCACAUUUUCCACCCUUCUUAUUUUAAAACUCUCAAAACAGCUAUUACGGUGCAGGUAAGAAAAAAAACCAGAAGCCAAUUUAUUGAAGAAAUUUGCUUUUUUAAAAGGUUAUCUUUUCUCUGAUUGUUUGCAUCUAGAGGUGAUUAAAAUAGAACCACCAAAAGUAGGCGAUCCUCUUCGCCAAUGGCGGCAUUUAGAUGUGGAUGGGCAAAGCCCUUGGUUUCGGUCCAUGGCAAGGAAUAAAAAAUCGGUGUGUAUAGAUUUGAAGACACAGGAAGGACGAAGUUUAGUGAAGCGUUUAGCAGAUCAGUCAGAUGUGUUAUUGGAGAAUUUUAAACCAGGGACUAUGGAAAAAUGGGGUUUGGGCCCAGAGGACAUGUAUUCAUCCAACCCAAAACUAAUCUAUACGCGCAUUUCGGGAUAUGGACAAACAGGGCCUUAUUCUAAAAAACCUGGCUACGCUUCGGUUUGUGAGGGAAUUGGAGGAUUCCGAUUUGUUAAUGGGCAUCCAGGUCAACCGCCAGUACGACCAAAUAUCAGUCUGGGCGAUUCAUUAGCAGGAUUACAUGCAGCACUUGGUGUGCUUUUAGGUCUAAUAGCAAGGGAUAAAAUUAAGAAAGGAGCAGCGGAUGCUAUUAGAAAGACAGGACAAGUAGUGGACGUGGCUAUUUAUGAAAGUGUCCUGAAUAUGAUGGAGAGUAUUAUACCUGAAUAUGACAGGUUCAAGCAGAUUAGGGAACCGUCUGGAACUACAGUAACAGGCAUUGUGCCUACGAACACGUAUCCUUGUAAAGAUGGAAAGCAUGUAAUAAUUGGAGGCAAUGGCGACAGCAUAUAUAUUAGACUCAUGAAUGCAAUAGGCCGUAGUGACUUGACGGGCGACAACUAUAAAGACAACAUAGCCAGGGUAAGGUGCCAAACAGAAAUUGAUGAAGCUAUCUCUGACUGGACCUCCAAAAAUACGGCAGACGAAGUUCUGUCCGUCCUACAACAAGUUUCUGUACCCGUGGGGAAAAUCUACGACGCCAAAGAUAUAGUUGAAGAUGAACAUAUCAACGCCAGAGGAAUGAUCGAGGAAGUCCGUGUAGGAACAGAACGUGAAGAUGGAGGGUGGACGGUGAAGGUGCCGGGGAUGUCACCGAUCCUCGAAACAACACCAGGAUCAACUGAAUGGGCAGGUAAGUUAAGAUUUUUCCAAAAAUAUGAUUUUCGUUGCUUACACUAGCAUUUAUUGUCCAAAGGUCCUGAUUUAGGCGUACAUA